AUGGUCUCUCCAUUACCUCUCUCUCAUACCUUCGACACAACGUGCGGUCUCGUCCCCACUCUGACCCCCGAACCCCCCGACAAACACCUCGCCGGUAUCCCUCCGAUCCGUGCCCAAUUCUUCUACUCCUCGUCCAUACCGAUCGACGAUCCCCUUUCCCCUGCUACAUCUACGUCCAGCGGUACAAAUGACGCCCAUCAUACCGGUUCGAGACAGCACCCCCUGCGUCCGUUUUCCCCCGCUGAUAACGCAGCCCUGGAAAGAGCAUGGAUUAGCUUGGGGAUAGACAAGUGUCGUAGGGAUCAUGAACAGGCUGUUCGGGCUGGGCGUGGGCGUGGAACAAGUCCAGAGAGAUGGGAGAGGGACGUUGCAGAGCGGGUUGGAGAGAUCGUGAAGGCUGCUGCGAAGAAGCACUGGGAAAAGCAUGGGAAAGAGCCUUCUUCUUCUACGGAAGGUACAGGAGCACAGAAUAACGGCACCGCAACAACUGGGACCGGAGGACUCACUGCGAUGCUGGCAGAGACGGUUGUUGAUAUAGAGGAUAACAGUGUGCAGGUGUGCUGUACUGAGUUAAUGGGUGAUGUAGAGGCUGAGCUACGGAAGGAGUUUUGCCCGAUUGCAAGGCGCAAGAAAAAGGAGCUAGAUCUGGACCGAGUAGUUGAGGCAGUGAUGGGUCUGAUGGGGAGAUGGAAGACUGGAGACUCGUGUGCCACCACGGAUGGCGCCGUGGCUACCGUUGCUGCUGGAAAUACUUCGGCAGCUGGACUAUCAAUCGGGGCAAGCUCAGCCCCGGUCAUGCAGGUUGCUACGAGCCUGGGGUCAAUCUCUAGGAUCUCAGUUGGGCCUGAGAACGGGAAUGCUCUCGGGUCAAGCCUGCCUGUUGGGUCUCUCUCCGUCUCUCACAGGGACGAUGGUAUCACUGGUAAGCCGUUUGUGAGGGUUGAGCCAACUUCUAGGUCGAACAGGUCAUCUAUGAUUGGGACGCCGGAUGAGAGGGGAAUCAAAGGCUCACUAAGGGGACGGCCGCGAGGGAGCAGCCACUCAUCCACAAAGCCCUCGGUAACUGGGAAGCUUGAAGGUACGGUCGAAAUUCCCGUUGGAAUAUCGCGACUGCAUAUGGUUUCGCUUCCUCAGCUCCAGAUGAAGCCGAUCUACUGGUCGCCCGUGAAUGAUGUUGCCACGGUGCUGAGGGCAACUUGGUUCUACCGAGACACUAUGGUCCCCGUAGAGCCAAUCAUUGCAAACCAGCUAGAAGCAGGCUAUCGCGAACUGCGCCCAUGGACUGAGACUUGGAGCGACGAACUUCGAUCGGCAAUUGAUGUUGGGGCGCUCGGUGAAGAAAAAGUAUCCCAUCGACUAUGGCCCGAGAUCCCCGAGAAGAGAUCGAAGCCCAAAGACAACAUCCCACCUCAGCCGUCUAUAUCAGCCGAUCCAAUAUGCGCGGCAAGGUGCUCUUGGGGAGAAGCUGCUGCCGAAGGCACACUGAAGCCUGUUCACACAGAGGAUGAAACCGGUCCGCUACCUCCGGAGUCUAUACCGUACGCGAAUUACCAUGUAAUCUACAAGGAUGCAACAACGGCCUUCUUGCUCAAGCCCAGUCAGAAACCGUCCGCUUACUACGGGAGACGACCCGUCUCGAAAAUUUUGAAAGGAAUUACUGUGGGCAUACCUGUUGUGCGUGGGUUUGAUCGCGAUGUCUGGGAGAAAGUACACAACAAACGGGCAUCGUAUGCUCGUGCCGCUCAGGAGUUUAGCCUUGCCAGUCGAGCUGCCGAAGCUCGUCAAACCGCUGAGCAAAACGGCUGCUGUCCGGCUUGUCAGCUCGAGAAGGACCGUGGUCGGGUGACCGACCUAGUGUUAGUCAUUCAUGGCAUUGGUCAGAAGUUUGCCGAGCGUGUUGAAAGCUUCCACUUUACGCAUGCUGUCAGUGCCCUACGGCGAGCCGUCAACAUCGAGCUCCAAAGCCCGGUUGUCAAGGCAGUCCUGCGGCCCGAACACAGAGGCAUCAUGGUCCUUCCUGUCAACUGGCGCCAUCUCCUCAGUUUCGAAGACGGUGGUCCGACAGCAGAAGGCGACCACGCUAACCCUGAGGGUACAUAUCCCCCAGAGGGCUUCGCCCUCAAAGACAUCGAGCCUCCGACCAUCCCUGCUGUGCGCGGCAUGAUCUCGGAUAUAAUGUUCGACAUCCCCUUCUACAUGUCGCACCACAAGCCCAAAAUGAUCGCUGCCAUGGUUGGCGAGGCCAACCGUGUCUAUCGCCUCUGGUGCCGCAACAAUCCUGGUUUCGCAGAACAUGGCCGUGUCCAUCUUAUAGCUCACUCACUCGGUUCUGUAAUGGCCAUCGAGGUACUCUCACGCCAGCCUACUCGUGUAACUUGCCUGGAUCUGAAAAAUGCUUCUCCUGUACCGGAUACAAGGUACUUCGAGUUUGAUACGACGAAUCUGUUCUUGCUGGGGAGUCCAGCAGCAUUUUUCUUACUGCUGGAGCGCGGAGCGCGCUUGUUACCUCGCCGCGGGAGGAUGAAGCCUGGUGCUGAGGCGGCAGCUACCGUGGCAAAGGAAAUUGUGGGCGAUGUUGGACAGUUCGGUUGUUUGGCGGUCGAUAAUGUGUACAACAUCCUUGCCAAAGAAGACCCCAUCGCCUACCUGCUGAACGGAACCAUAGAUCCGUACUAUGCAGCAUCGCUCAAGACCGCCUACGUGCCAAGCACAAGCACCUCGUUCUUUGAACGGGUUGGGGAUGUCAUGGUCAGGAGUAUUACAGGUACCACUCCGCGACAUCAAUAUGCUCAAGGCCCGGGGCAGCAACAACCCCAAUCGCCCCCUUCAUCGUCAAAACUCAAUCACCUACCGUCCCAGCUCGAGCUCGAGAUCCAUGACUUUACGCGCGAGGAGAUUGCUGAAAAGAAGGCAUUUCUGCUCAAUGACAAUGGGCAAAUCGAUUACUACCUGCGCUCGGGCGGUGGCCCGCUCGAAAUCCAGUACCUCAAUAUGCUCAGCGCGCAUACAAGUUACUGGACGAACCAGGAUUUAGUGAGGUUCUUGUGCAUUGAGAUUGGAAGGCGACCAGGGAAAGAAAAUACCCUUGUUGGAAUGAGGGCCGUUAAGGCGAAAGGGGGCUUUGUUGGUGCGUUGUCGUAG